GGAGACCGGGUUUGGCCGGUUUCGAGGUUACGCUAUCCUGUUCCUUGUCUUUCUCAUCUGCCUUCGGCACCCCUCAGCUUCGCCUUUGUGGACGAAUCCGUCUCCGCCUCCGCCUUCUGCACGCGUGGUUGUGGUCGACCUCUCGCCGGAGCAACAGGAAACUAAUCCCUUUUCCAGCACUAAACGAUUGAAGCAAUUUUUUUUUUCUUGUGAACUGCUCACUCUCUCUCUGUUAUGAGGGGAUUCGAAGCUUGAAAGUUAUGAGCUGAAGGUUGAGGACACGUAAGAGCGAAGGACGAUCAUACUACAAUUAACCCUUGCGGGGAAAAGCCCAGGCAAAAUAGGACGGAUGGCCGACAGUUACGGCCACAACGCAGGUUCACCCGAGAGCAGCCCGCAUUCUGAUAACGAGUCCGGCGGCCAUUACCGUGAUCAGGACGCUUCUGUACGGGAGCAAGACCGGUUUUUGCCCAUCGCAAAUGUGAGCCGAAUCAUGAAGAAAGCAUUGCCAUCUAAUGCGAAGAUAUCGAAAGACGCCAAAGAGACUGUGCAGGAGUGCGUAUCCGAGUUCAUCAGUUUCAUUACUGGUGAGGCGUCCGACAAGUGUCAGAGGGAAAAGAGGAAGACGAUCAACGGGGAUGACUUGCUGUGGGCCAUGAGUACUCUUGGUUUUGAAGAUUAUGUGGAACCUCUGAAGGUGUACCUACACAAGUAUCGUGAACUGGAGGGGGAGAAGGCCUCUAUGGCCAAGGGUGGUGAUCAGCAGGGAGGAAAAGAGAGCAACCAAGGAGGUAUGGGGUCGAUGGGCAUGGCAGGCGGAAUCAACGGCAUGAACGGAACGAUGAACGGGAACAUGCAUGGGCAUGGAAUUCCCGUAUCGAUGCAGAUGAUGCAACAGCCGUACGCGCAGCAGGCACCUCCGGGGAUGAUAUAUUCUCCUCAUCAAAUGAUGCCGCAAUACCAGAUGCCGAUGCAGUCUGGUGGAAACCAACCCCGCGGAGUGUAAGAGUUUUCACUGGCAGGAGGCUUUGGAAGUGGGGAUAUUGUCGACAGCGUGAUGGGGUGUUUUGGAGCAUGGGCAGGGCAUUAUGGUGCUGUUGAAACAGUGAUGGGUGGGUCAUGUGAAGUGUUGGCGACUGUUGAAUGAUGAAAACAUAGAAGUGAUGUCGUUGAAGCUCGGGGAGUUUCAAGUGAAAGGAGGAGCACUUUUUGUUUGGAAAGGAGCGUACCGGGUCUGGCAGUGUACAUUCUGAAUGAUAGUUAUCUGUGCUGAUUUUUCUUGGCCUUGGCAAUACGAGGGGGUUGAAUAUUUUGCUUUGAAUUCGUUGACAUUUCAACCUUUUCUAUGUGAAAAGGCUCUGUAGGAUGCAAGAUAAGGAAAGACAUGCAGAUUGAUAUGGAUUGAUUUGUAUCAUGUAUGUGGGAGUGUGUUUUUCUUAGAGCAUCUUAGGUUGUACUCUCGUGGGGAGGGUGUGUAAGUCGGCAGGAAUAGAGACUGUCCUUCGGUGGGGUGGGGAGGAUAGAUCUCGCUGGUGAGUAUCUUUUAUAUUGAGAGAUCAGCACCAUUGUGAUUAUAAUUGAGCUCUGUACAAGAUAUUGAACUGCUUCCAGUGUAGUUAUCAUUAUUUCUUGGUUUUUUAUGUUC